AUGCGGGAGCGGAGGCCGGCACCGGCCGCCCCGGCCCGCUGCAAGCUGGUGCUGGUGGGCGACGUGCAGUGCGGCAAGACGGCCAUGCUGCAGGUGCUGGCCAAGGACUGCUACCCCGAGACGUACGUGCCCACCGUGUUUGAGAACUACACGGCGUGUUUGGCCAGCGAGGAGCAGCGGGUGGAGCUGAGCCUCUGGGACACCUCCGGCUCUCCCUACUACGACAACGUGCGUCCCCUCUGCUACAGCGACUCGGACGCUGUCCUGCUCUGCUUCGACGUCAGCCGCCCCGAGACCCUCGACAGCGCGUCCAAGAAGUGGAAGACGGAGAUCCUGGACUACUGCCCCAACACGCGGGUGCUGCUCAUCGGCUGCAAGACGGACCUACGGACGGACCUGAGCACCCUGAUGGAGCUCUCCCACCAGAAGCAGGCACCCAUCUCCUAUGAGCAGGGCUGCGCGGCGGCCAGGCAGCUGGGAGCCGAGGGCUACCUGGAGUGCUCGGCCUUCACCUCGGAGAAGAGCGUCCACAGCAUCUUCCGGACCGUGUCCGGCAUCUGCCUCAGCAAAGCCCCCCCGCAGCCCCCCAAGAGCCCCCCCCGCAGCCUCUCCAAGAGACUCCUGCACCUGCCCAGCCGCUCCGAGCUCAUCUCUUCCACCUUCAAGAAGGAAAAAGCAAAAAGCUGCUCCGUCAUGUGAAGGGGGGGACACGAAUGCACCCCCCUGAAAGCCCCCAGCCCCCCUGAGUCCCCAGGGUGGGGUGGGGGGCUGGACAGGGCUGCAGAGCCCCCCGCUGCCAUGAGGACGGGG